UAAUGGGUAUUCAUUUGAAUACCAUUGAAUACAAGUAGGCCCGCCCCUGGCUAAAGCAGGUGUGAGGUAGUUCGAGGAUCAUCUUUUGUUUUUGUCCGGGAAUCCUAAGCCUUAUCCAGUUGCUUAUCUAGCUUGAACCAGGUUCAAAUUCCUCCCCAAAAUGAGGUAUUGGAGCAAUGCUAAAAGACCAAAAACAUAUCAGCCUACAGCAAAACGCUAAAAAUUAUCCCUCAAUAAUUCAAAACAGACCACCUCAUUAUAAUUGGAUCCAGCCCGGCGCCUCACUGCUCUCUUCCCAUCUCAUUCUUUCUUCUUCUCCCUCCAGCUCAAGAAAGAGCGAGCGCAGCUGUUCUGGUUCGAGGCCGCGCAGCUGUUCCGGUCGGGGGCAUGUCCCUGCACAUGCUCCGCGUCGAGGGCCACCCGGUGUCCAUGGCCUCCUGCACCGUCGGCGACCACCAGUGGAUGCUGGCGCGCGACGCGCUCGUGGUGCGGGUCGACGCGCGCGCCUUCGUCUUCGAGCUCCCGAGCUUCUUCUACGUCGUCGUCGUGCCGCCCGCCGCUGGCGCGGACCGGAUCGAAGUGUGCCACCAUGGCCGAGAUCUUCUCGCCAACUACCAUGACCUCACAAAGGCGGAAGGCCUGCAGGGACAGGGCCCCGACCGGAACAGCUGCGCGGCCUCGAACCGGUCGCCGCAGAGCAUGAAGAGGCUCACCGCUAGCCCCACGCAGCCGCCGUCGAUGUACAGCAGCUCCGUGUCCAUGCCCAUCCAGUACUCCAGCUCGGUGGAAAUUCCGGGAUUAGGGAAGGAUCGACCCCGCAUAUAUGCGAGGAGAUGGAUGUGUUUUUAGCAUCCGCGUAUUUUUACAGGGAAGUAUUGGGAAACUGUUGGAGGUAAGUUUUUUUUUCCUUAAGGUUUUGGAGCAAUUCUAAGGAAGGAAGCUUUUAGAGUUGCUCUUACAGGUUUAGCAUCUGUGAAAAAACCACCUCUCUUGUCUCUAGUCUUUGGGCUAGACUCUCAAAUCGCCUCUCUCGUCCCUAGUCUUUGGGCUAGACUCUUCCUGUAACUGACUCCUUUGCAUUUCGGUUGCUUUGUAAUGGAAAUGGAGCAAAGCCUUGUGUCCAAGAAAAAAAAAUGGCGGUC